CUUCGUCUUAUCAGCGAAGCUCCCCCGGAGCUGCUGGGAGCUUCCUCGGUACAGCCAAUCAGGCGGCGACGAGCCACCGCCAACCAAAGCUCGCUGUCAUGCGAUAAAUGCCAAGGCCCACCAUUUUGCACGUUCAACCUCACCUCCAGCCAACCUCUCGUCAACCGCGCCCAUCGUCAUCCCCAUCGCCCAUCUCCCAUUGCCGUUCCACAUUCCCUCGACGGGGACCGCUACCCUCUCCCUUUCUGACUCUUCGACCCUCUCCGCUCUACCCCCCUUCCCGUCGUCGCCAUGCUGCGCUCCUCCAUCGUGCGGGCUUCGCGCACCUCCGCGUCAUUUCUCCAGGCCAAUGCCAGCCGUCAAGCCGCUCCUCUUGCCUGUUCCCAGCAGACCCAGAUCCGCCAGUCGCAUGCCAUCUCCAACCCGACCCUGGCCAACAUCGAGAAGCGAUGGGAGGACAUGCCUCCCCAGGAGCAGGCCGAUCUGUGGAUGUCGCUCAGGGAUCGCAUGAAGGCAGACUGGAAGGAAUUGACUCUGCAGGAGAAGAAGGCCGCGUACUACAUUGCCUUUGGACCCCAUGGCCCGCGCCGGCCCGCGCCUCCCGAUGAGGGCCGCAAGGUAUUCUUCAUUACGGCUGGCGUCAUUGGCGCCUCCCUUGCGCUCUUCGCCGUCAUCCGCAUGUUCGCCAACCCCGCGCGCCCGCGGACCAUGACCAAGGAGUGGCAGGAGGCCACCGAGGAGUACAUGAAGGCGCAAGGAACCGAGCCCAUCACCUUCAAGAAGGGCAUGAUGGUCCAGAGCAAGCCGGGCCCCAAGGACCAGUUCGACUAAGAGUCAAAGCGCAGAUGCAAAUGCAAGCAAUACCAUCAGCACGCCUAUAUUUCCUCUCCUUGGGUCAAUAUUUCCUUUGGUACUGUUUGUGUAUGCCGUUUCUCAUCAAGAUGGAAAGGGUCGCGGGCCCCGUGGGAGCAUCAACAUCUCGCUGCUUGGUCGGCCAUUGUCACAUUAGUCUCCAUGUACCAAAUAUCAAAGAGACCAUUUUCAUGUUUGCUCACUCGGCGCGCCUUUGCUUUCGUCUGAACAGGUUGGGUAUGUUGCUCACACUUGCUCUCUCAACAUGUCCAAUGAAUGCCC